GUCUUCAGUUGCCCAACUAAGCACAGCAAAUCUGCUAGCUGGAAGUAAUGCUCGACCAACUUGCUUAACCUUGCAAGGCCUAUCGCCAGGACAGGCUCGUAUAUGCGAACUAUUUCGGGAUCAUAUGCCUGCUGUAGGCGCUGGUGCUAAGGCUGCAAUAUCC